AUGUCGACGUCGGCUUUGGAGCGUAAUGCCGUUCUCAAGGCGAUUUGUGAGACAGUCGACGCGACGAAGGUGAUGGACUCGCCCGUCGAAGGAAGACCCGCCGUUCUAAAUGGAGAAUCUGGCAACCAUUCUCGGGAAGAAGUUUCACACGAGGAUAUGGGAUCUGAUCCCGAACUCGGCGAGGAAAAGGUUCCAGACUGCGCAAGGCUCGAUGGUAUUCCUCGGAAGGUUGAGAUGCCGUGGAGGUGGUCUGCGAGGUCCCUAGCUCGGGAUGGCCAGUCUGGAAUGACCGAAGAGAUAAUCGUUGCUCUGAGGGAGAGAGAAGGAAUUAGUGAUGCAGUUCAGAUUCUCGUUCCUUCGCCUGAUCAAAGGCCGAUGGAUGCUCCAUCUGGGUGGUUCUGCAUCUAUGAAUGCUUCCUUACAGAAUUUAGGAUACGUUUUCCGGUCCUUCCGUUGCUUCUUGAGUACGCAUACGAGCGGGGCGUAGCGUUGAGCCAGCUGACUCAUGGUGUGGUGCGGCACAUGGUUUUUUCGGCUGCCCAGGCGAAGGCGGCCGGGAUGAAAUUAGACAGGGAGCUUUUCGAACGCAUCACCGACCUCCGUGCUGGGGUUAAGGAAGGGAGUUUCAACCGUUUUCACACGUCGAUGAAGCAUGACAUCGUUUUUGGUGAUCAUCGAACAAAGAUUCACCAUUGGACGCGCUACUAUUUCUUUUUCAAGGUUGACCGUGCUUCGGUCGGAGAUUUUGAUCCCAAAAGGAUUGCCCCAAGGAAGGUAAAUACUAUUCUGAAGGAGAAGUUCAGAACUUUACGUAACCUGAGUAGGGAGACUUGGGCAGAUGUGGUUGCCGAAACUGAAAACAAGAAGAAGGAAAAGAAAGGAAAGGCUACUGCUGUAGCGGUUCCUCUCACCGAUAAGUUGCCAGAUGUUGCUAAGAAGACAGGUUUAAGGAAGAGGGCCCCGGCUUUGGUGGAUGAUGGCAUCUUGAUUUCCGAUUCCUUAUCCAAGCGGAUGAGGUCAGAUUCUUGCGAGCCGAGUAAUAUUUCUCGGCCGCCGGGGUCUCUUGGGGGUGCCGCCAGAGGUGGUUUCUCGUCUCCGACUGUCAUGGCUUCUUCUUGCCGGGAUGAUGACAUAACAAACCCGGAGUCUGGAGAUGUCGAGAUGAUGGGUUUUGCCGGGAUAGACUCCGAUGUUGUCUCCCUGAAGUGGAAAAGGCGGUGCUCCUUUAAUGGAUAA